AUAUUAUAUUUGAAAGCACCAGGACCACGGAGACCAGUUGAGGAUCAUAUGCUUUUGAAAUGGUCUGCGAAUCUGGAUCACAACACCAGGACCUCUCAAACAAGACUAUAUAUUCUACACAAAAUCUAAAACAUAAGCUCCCAGGAUCACGGGUCCGAAAACCCAGAGCCCUUGAAUUUCAUGAUCGAGCAUAUCAGUCUCCCUGGAUCUCGACUCCAGGAUCUUUCAACAAUCCAGUACCCAAUCUUCGUCUUCACCGUAAUAAUGGAAGCCAUAGUUGUUGGCCCAGUUACCAAAACAAUAGCAUUGAGUUUGGUUGAGGAAAACAAUGCAAUCACACAUGAAGUUUGGCCGAAACUUUAUCAAUGGCGAGCGAGAGGAAUCCACACAAUUGCAGAAACCACGGAAACACACAGAAUCCCGAGGAAGAAAAAUGGCGGAAUGGAGGAGGUGGGGGAGUGCCUCCAAUUCUUUUAUUCAUUCGAGGAAGAAAAAAAAUGCAUUGUUUUCUGUUUUCCAAAAUUUUUCUGCAGUUUUGUUGCUUGCUUGCCUGCAAAGUCAGAUGGUGCUUCCUCUAUUAGUCUCGAACACUUCAAUUUUGCAAAAAAUUGAAGGUCGGAGGAAGAGAUAUUAGCGUAGGGAGACCCAAUGCGCGAUUGAUCUAGGGUUUGAGGCCAAGAAAUUGUGCAAAUGCCGAUGCCGAGGCAGUUCUUGAACGCCGCCCCGAAUUUCCCCCAAUUUCAUCGUUGCUGUUGGUAUUUCCUCAUAUUUUUGUUCGAAUUCGUUUCGGAUAGUUCGGCUAGGGCUGCUUCGAACUCUGAGGUUGCUGUGUUGAUUUCCUGGCUUCAUACUUCGUCGUCUUCUUCGCCAUUGUCUGAUUGGAAUCCACAGGAUUCAAAUCCCUGUAAAUGGUCGCACAUAAGGUGUUCGACGGAAGGCUUCGUCACAGAAAUUGAUAUUCAGUCUGUUCAUUUGGGGCUUCCAUUUCCGCCCAAUCUGUCCAAGCUUAGCUUCCUCGAGAGACUUACAAUUUCAGGUGCGAAUCUGACGGGAAACAUCCCCAUGGACGUCGGCGACUGCUCUUCGUUAAGAACACUCGAUGUUAGUUUCAAUAGUCUCGAUGGGAGCAUUCCGGGGAGCAUCGGGAAGCUUAAGAACCUCGAGGAGUUGUCUCUGAGUUCGAAUCAGCUGACGGGGAAAAUUCCAGGGGAGAUUGGCGGCUGCACGGCCCUGAAAAGCUUGGAGAUCUUCGAUAACAGGUUGAGUGGGAAUAUCCCUGCAGAGAUUGGGAAGCUCUCGAGCUUAGAAAUCAUCAGAGCAGGAGGUAAUCAGGACAUCGAUGGAGAAAUCCCUGUUGAGCUUGGGAAUUGUCUGAAUUUGCAGGUUUUGGGAAUGGCGGACACAAAGAUCUCCGGCGCACUUCCUUCUUCAUUAGGCCAGUUGAAAAACCUCCAGGUGCUGUCAAUUUACACCACAAUGCUGUCGGGAGAGAUUCCGGCGGACAUCGGGAAUUGCUCGGAGCUUCUGGAGGUGUACCUGUACCAAAACAGCCUCUCAGGCUCGAUUCCGCCGGAGCUGGGGAAGCUUCAGAAGCUUGAGAAGCUGCUGCUAUGGCAGAACAACUUUGUCGGCGCCAUUCCAGGAGAGAUUGGGAGCUGCAAAAGUUUGGUUGUUCUUGAUGUAUCCCUGAAUUCAUUGUCGGGAAGCAUACCUGAAUCAUUCGGGAACCUGACGAACCUCCAGGAGUUGAUGAUCAGCAGCAACAACAUUUCGGGAUUCAUUCCUGCGAAUCUUUCGAAUGCGACUAGCUUGAUACAGUUUCAGAUUGACGGCAAUCAGAUUUCGGGAUCGAUUCCACCGGAGCUUGGAUUGUUGGAUCAGCUUCAGGUGUUCUUCGCUUGGAAUAACAAGAUCGAAGGAAGCAUUCCCUCGGCAUUGUCGGGUUGCAGGAGCCUCCAGGCAUUGGAUUUGUCGAGGAAUUCGCUGAUAGGUACCUUGCCCCCGAGCAUUUUUCAAAUUACGAAUCUGACUAAGCUUUUAUUGAUAUACAACGAUAUAUCGGGUCCUAUUCCGCCGGAGAUCGGGAACUGCAAGUCGCUUACUCGGCUCAGAUUGGUAGGGAACAAAAUCGACGGAAAAAUACCGAAAGAAAUUGGUGAUCUUAGCAAUCUAAGCUUUCUUGAUUUAUCGAAUAAUCGUAUUAGCGGUUUGAUCCCUGAUGAAAUCGGCAAUUGCGGAAUGCUUCAGAUGCUGAAUUUUGCUGGGAAUUCACUUGGAGGAAACUUGCCGAGUUCGUUGUCGUCUCUUACGAAACUAGAGGUGUUGGAUGUUUCGAUGAACCGAUUUUCCGGAGAGAUUCCCGGGAGUUUCGGCGAGCUUUUCGCGCUAAACAGGCUGUCGCUUAGCGGCAAUGCCUUUUCGGGGAGAAUCCCGGCUGCUCUCGGGAGGUGUUCGCGGCUUCAGCUGCUGGAUUUAAGCAAGAAUCGGCUCGUUGGAAGCAUUCCGGUCGAGAUCUUCAAAAUCGACGCACUUGAAAUCGCGUUGAACCUGAGCUGGAAUGCCUUGACAGGGGAAAUCCCGGCGCAGAUUGUCGACCUCGACAAGCUUUCCGUAAUGGAUCUUUCGCACAACAACCUCGGAGGAAGUUUGAUGUCCCUGUCGGGGCUCGUUAACCUCGUUUCCUUGAACAUUUCGCACAAUAACUUCACGGGUUAUCUUCCGGAUAACAAUCUCUUCCGGCAGCUGUCCGAAUCAGAACUUUCUGGAAACAACGGGUUAUGUUCGCACGGGCACGACUCGUGCUUCUUAGGCGCUGCGCCGGCGACCAGAACAGCUGGCGGCAGGCGGUCCUGGCGACUGAAAUUGGCCAUUGCAUUGCUGACUGUGGCGGCGAUAGUCCUCGGAAUUCUCGGGAUAUUAGCCGUUCUCAGGGUGCGGAGAAUGAAAAGGGACGAAAUGGAUUCCGAGUCGGGAGACGGUUGCGAAUCGUUGUCGUGGAAACUCACUCCCUUUCAGAAGCUGAGCUUCUCGGUCGAGCAGAUCCUGCGAUGUCUCGUCGAGGCUAACGCCAUCGGAAAGGGAUGCUCGGGAAUCGUCUACCGAGCAGAACUCGACGACGGAGAAGUCAUCGCGGUGAAGAAGCUGUGGCCGGCGAUGGUACAAACGGGUUUCGACGAAAACGGAGUGCGCGACUCGUUUUCCACUGAGGUUAAGACGCUCGGGUCGAUCAGACAUAGGAACAUCGUUAAAUUCUUGGGUUGCUGUUGGAAUCGAAACACGCGAUUGCUAAUGUACGAUUACAUGCCCAACGGAAGCCUCGGGAGUUUGCUCCACGAGCAUCGUCGCGGUGGCUGCUUGGAAUGGGACGUUCGAUACCAGAUUAUGCUCGGCGCGGCGCAAGGGUUGGCGUAUCUGCACCACGACUGCGUUCCGCCGAUCAUCCACAGGGACAUCAAGGCCAACAACAUUUUGAUUGGACCCGAUUUCGAACCUUACAUCGCCGAUUUCGGGGUUGCAAAGCUCGUUGACGACGGAAACUACGCUCGUUCUUCCAACACCGUCGCUGGCUCCUACGGCUACAUCGCCCCCGAGUAUGGCUACAUGAUGAAUAUCACGGAGAAGAGCGACGUGUACAGCUACGGCGUGGUAAUGCUCGAGGUAUUAACAGGCAAGCAACCGAUCGACCCGACGAUACCCGAGGGGCAGCACAUUGUAGAUUGGGUGAGGCAGCAGGAGCGCGGCGCGGAAGUUUUGGACCCGAGUUUGCGAUCGGGUCCUGAGCCGGAGAUUGAAGAAAUGAUGCAGACGUUAGGAGUCGCGAUGCUUUGCGUGCAUCCGUCGCCGGACGAUAGGCCUUCGAUGAAGGACGUGGCUGCGAUGCUUACGGAAAUUAGGAUCGAGAGGGAGGAGAGUUCGAAGGAUGACGAGACGGGUGCGAAGUGCGGCGGGAAAUCGAACGACGACGAGGAGGGAGAUGGAGACGGUAAGGGAAGUUCGUCGGCGGCAGGUAUGAAGAGGAGCUUGUAUUUGCAGAGCAGCAAUAAUUCGAGCUUUUCUGCGUCUUCAUUGCUGUUGCAGCAUUUGUCGUCGUCUUCAUCGUCGAAUACUUCUGCUUGUGUUCCUCGUGUUGACAAAUUUGUGUUCAAUAGUAAUAAAUGAGUCUGGAAAUUGUGGGAUGAGUCGAUCGAUCGAUUGAUCGAUCUCUCAUUCGAUCUGUUUGCUCUGUUAAUUCGUUGUGUUGUUUUGUAGUUAGCUUUGCUUCUGUUUUGGGUGCUUUUAUUGAUAGAAUCUUUAUGGAAUCUUUAACCUUAAUAGAUGGAAGAA